CUCUGCUUUAGUGUCAGAGGUGAAGAAGAUUCAAGUUGUGGAUAAUUUGAUGUAUGUUCUAAACAAUGAGGGCAUGCUCAGCUUGCUGGACUUUCACUCAUUUGUCAUGCUUUGUUGCUGGCCGGAUCAACACGUUGAAGAUUUCCUGCUGAUAUCAGACGGGAACUCCUCAACUAUUACACAGCAAGAUGAAAACAGCAUGAAAAUCAUGUCCUUGGUAGUUGAAGAAAACAAGGGUCGUGCUAGGAAGCUCGUGGUUCAGUCGCUGCCUUCGAUGGAGGUUUUCUACUCGCUGGAAGUUUCUUCUGAGUCUUGGUUGAUCCAGAAGGGAGUCAGUAUGGACCCUUUCUAUUUGCUGGAGGGAGUUUUGGCGAACACAAAGAGCAGCCCUGAAGAUCCCGUGUCUACUGUUGUGAUCCGAUGCUUCACAGAGGCGCUGCCAGAGAACAG